GUCGCUGAUCCAGCUAUGGAAGGAGCUGCAGAUCUUCCGGACACAGCCUCCUUAACUCUGAAGUUUAAGUUUAACCCAAAGCUGGGCAUUGAUAAUCCUGUCCUCUCCCUGGCCGAAGACCACGACCCCUCUGAUCCCUGGAGCCUAGAGCGGCCUCGAUUCUGUCUGCUGAGUAAAGAGGAGGGCAAGACUUUUGGCUUCCACCUGCAGCAGGAGCCAGGCAGGGCUGGUCAUGUGGUGUGCAGGGUGGAGCCGGGCACCUCUGCCCAUCUCCAGGGUCUCCAGGAAGGAGACCGGAUCCUGGGGGUGAACAACAACAUCGUGGAACAUGAAGACUAUGUCGUGGUGGUACGCCACAUCAGGGCCAGCAGUCCUCGGGUGUUGCUGACGGUCUUGGCGCGGCAUGUGCAUGAUGUGGCUCGAGCUCGGCAGGGGGAUGGUGCCCACCUCUGUCCUACCCUGGGCCCAGGGGUCCGGCCCCGGCUGUGCCACGUAGUGAAAGAUGAGGGUGGCUUUGGCUUCAGUGUUACCCACGGCAAUUCAGGUCUUUUCUGGUUGAUGAUAAGCACUGGAGGAGCAGCUGAGCGGGCAGGGGUCCCUCCUGGGGCCCGACUGCUGGAAGUGAAUGGGGUCGGUGUGGAUAAGUUCACACAUAGCCAACUCACCAGGAAGCUUUGGCAGAGUGGAAAGCAGGUGACCUUGCUGGUGGCAGGGCCAGAGGUGGAGGAACAGUGUCGCCAGCUGGGAAUGCCCCUGGCUGCACCCCUGGCGGAGGGCUGGGCCCUGCCCACCAAGCCCCGCUGUCUGCAUCUAGAGAAAGGGCCCCAGGGCUUCGGGUUCCUGCUCCGGGAGGAGAAGGGUUUUGACGGUCGCACUGGGCAGUUCCUGUGGGAGGUGGAUCCAGGCCUGCCAGCCGAGAAGGCCGGGAUGCAGGACGGGGACCGGCUGGUGGCGGUGGCUGGAGAGAGCGUGGAGGGGCUGGGCCAUGUGGAGACAGUGUCCAGGAUCCGGGCGCACGGCUCCUGUCUCUCCCUCGUUGUUGUGGACCCCAAAGCUGACCGCUUCUUCAACAUGGUUCGCCUCUCCCCGCUCCUCUUCUUGGAGAGCACAGAGGCUUCUGGCUCUUCCCAGGACCCCCUCUCAGCCUCUCUGGUUGAGACCAAGGACCCACCACCUGCAGACACAGCCAUGCCUCCUGUCCCUCUUGGUUCCCGCCAGUGCCUCCUGUACCCUGGGCCUGGCGGUGGCUACGGCUUCCGACUCAGCUGUGUGGUCAAUGGGCCUCAUCUUUUCAUCUCCCAGGUGACUCCAGGAGGCUCAGCUGCCCGGGCAGGACUGCAAGUGGGAGACGUGAUUCUGGAGGUGAAUGGAUAUGCUGCUGGGGGAAAGAAUGACCUGGAAAGACUUCAGCAGCUGUCUGAGGCCAAGCCACCCCUCUACCUGAAGCUGGCAGCUAGGUCUCGGCAGGGACUGGAAGCCUGGAUUCCCCUAGGAUCUGGAGAGGCCUGGACUCUGGCCUCAGAAGUGCUAUAGAGCAUCCCUGCUUGGCACAGAUCUACCCAGUGGCUUUUUGGUUUUCACAUUCCAGCCUGAGGCAAGCAGGAUACUCUCUCUAAGCCAAACACCGAAGCCCUAUGACUCAGACGCCACCAAUCACAAGAUUGCUCAGGGGCUCCCUUUCUUCCCAUGGACCCACAUUCUGGCAGAGGGUGUGGUCAGAGACCUCAGGUAGUCCAUGAGGUAGCCAAAGGAUAUCACAUGGGAACUUUGGAGAGCUGUGUCCCAAGGAUGAAGUCGUGAGCUGUGGGGCUGACUAGGAUGGAAGCCAUCUGCAGCGUGACCUAGGUAUGACUCCAAGACCCUUGGAUAUAAUGCAAGAAUUUGGAGACCAGCUAUGCUUUCUCUCUAUGGGCACCUUAGGAUUGUGGGGGGUGGUGCUUGGUCACUGUUGUGUUUGUUAUAGAAAUGGCCAUUCCCUAUAAA